UGCAAAUGGAUGUUUGAUUCUCAGCACUAUGAACUUCUGCAAGACAUUUAAAACUUUGUGGAUUCAAUGAAACUUGUUCAAAAGGGUCGUUCUUUUUCCUCUACUUCCGAGUCAUUAUCAUCUCCAAUUCGAUGGAUCUCUCCUCUCCAAUCUGUCAAAAACACUACCGAGAAACUGGAUUCUCCUGUCGAGGCCUCAGACACUGUUGUAGGAGUGUCAAGAAAAAGCAAGUUCAUAACACACGCGUCUACCGUUGACUUGAUAAAACGUCAGAAAGAUCCAGAACAUGCUCUAGAAAUUUUUAAGGCAGCAGAGCAGAAGGGUUUUAGUCACAACAAUUCCACUUAUGCUGUUAUUCUCCAUAAGCUUGCACAGUGCAAGAGAUUCAGGGCUGUUGACAGAGUGCUUCAUCAAAUGACUUAUGAAACUUGCAAGUUCAAUGGCAUAUUCAUUAAUCUCAUGAAGCAUUUUUCAAAGUCCUCUAUGCCUGAUAAGGUACUACAUAUGUUCUAUGCAAUUGAACCAAUUGCUCGUGAAAAGCCUUCUUUGAAAGCCAUCAGUACAUGUCUUAAUUUACUGGUUGACGAGAACCAGAUUGAUCUGGCAAGGACAUUUCUCUUGGAUGCUCAGAAGAACCUCCACUUAGAGCCCAACUCGUGCAUUUUCAACAUCCUGGUUAAAUAUCACUGCAAAGGGGACAUUGAAUCUGCAUUUGAAGUGGUGAAACAGAUGAGGUCGCUGAUAUCUUAUCCUGACUUGAUCACCUAUUCAACUCUUAUGGAUGGUCUUUGUAGUUGUGGAAGGUUGGAAGAAGCUGUUCAAUUGUUUGAGGAAAUGGUUUCGAAAGAUCAGAUAUUACCGGAUGCUUUAACUUACAAUGUUUUGAUAAAUGGCUUCUCUCGUGCAGGAAAAGCUGAUAGAGCUAAGAAGAUAAUGGACUUCAUGAAGAAAAAUGGGUGCAACCCAAAUGUAUUUAAUUACUCCUCUCUCAUGAAUGGUUUUUGUAAGGAAGGAAGGUUGGACGAUGCCAAGGAGGUAUUUAAUGAGAUGAAGGCUGCUGAGCUGAAGCCUGAUACGGUUGGCUAUACAACCUUAAUAGAUUGUUUAUGUAGGGCUGAUAGAGUUGAUGAAGCUGUUGAGUUACUCAAAGAGAUGAAAGGAACUGAGUCCAAAGCUGAUGCAGUGACAUAUAAUAUUAUACUUGGAGGACUUUGCCGAGGAAACAGAUUUGAUGAGGGGCUCGAUCUGAUUGAGAGGUUGCCUUAUCAGGGUGUCAGUCUAAACAAGGCAAGUUAUAGGAUUGUGUUGAACUCCUUAUGCAAGGAAAGUGAACUGGAUAGGGCAACAGAACUUGUUGGCUUGAUGCUUGUCAGGGGGUUUCUGCCACAUUUUGCCACCUCAAAUGAGUUUCUGGUUUCUCUGUGCGAGGCUGGAAAAGCAGCCAAUGCUGUUGUUGUAUUAUUUGGGUUGGUUGAGAUGGGCUUCAAACCAGAGCCUCAUACAUGGGCUCUGUUAGUUGAUGUGUUUUGCAGGGAGAGAAAACUAUUGCCUACAUUUCAAUUACUUGAUGAAUUAGUCAGCAAGGUUGGCCAUUGAAGUGCAUCUGGGUCUUGAGGCAAAAAAAAUGGUGCAGAUGGGGGUUAAAAUGAAAAAGAAGAGAUAGGGUACUAUACCAGCAUAACAUUGUGAAUUCAGCGUAUCAUUUUUGAAUCCCAAGAUGUUGCAACUUCAGCUUCAAAUAAUAAUAACAUCUUGGUAAUUUCAUGGUAAAAGUGCUGGUACUUCCAUGCUUGUACUGCUUUGGGGAAAAAUGCAAGAAUAUCAGUCUUUUGCUAGAAUUUGAGAAAGAAUCAAGUAUUCAUUUUACUGCAGGAAUUGAAGGAUCAACAUAUUCUUAUUUAUGUCUGGCAGAGGCAGAUUUUGGAAAGAAUAGAGAGUGAUGAAGAGUAUAACAUUGCAACUUCCAAGUCAAAAGCAUAUGCCGUUUGCUUCUCAACAACGACGCUACUACUAUGUUUGAGUUGCUGGUUGGACAGUGUUCUUUGCCUUUUGACGUCCAUAUUUGCUUUUGAAGUGACUGAGAUUCUCAGGAUAGAACAUCUGGUUCUCUGAUAGACAAGCCACAUUUUAUAUGUUAACCUCAAGCUGGUCAUUCCAUAUUUGUGGGGCUCCUGGCCUUAGAAUUUCUAACGAGAUUACAACCGCAAUAGUUUCCCUGGCUAAGAAUGCAGGACUAGGAUUCAUCAAACCACUUGAUGGAGAUAGUGCAACUCUGAACCAGAUGUUGCAGCUGUCUUGGUUAUUAAAAUGAAAGCUGUUUUUGUAGUACUUCAUAACAUUUGGCUACAGACUAUGGUUGAUAAGAUUUUGUUUGUCUUGCUCGUAACUGAGUGAGCUUGUUUUUUUAACGCUUCCUAUUGCUC